AUGGGACUUGCAGCCUCUCUCCAUUCGCUGCUGAUGAGCUUUGUGGCUCUGACUGCUACUUUAGAUCAUCGGCACUUGGAGAUCACCUGGGAUCCAGGACCCAGAACGAUCUCACUGAACUGCAGCUUAAGCAGUGUUUUUGGAGUGGCAGCCUUCUCCGACUGCCUCCGGCAGGAGAUGUACCGCUGGGGUGUCAGAGUCAUCCUCAUUGAGCCCAGCAACUUCGUGGCAGCCACAGGCAUCCUGACGGCAGAGGGCAUCGACAGGCAGGCUGAGGCGCUGUGGAGCGGGGCCAGUGACACCGUGCGGCAGGACUACGGGAGGGACUAUUUCACUGGCCACGUGGCCCGGAUGAAGUCCUUCGUUAACAGUGGCCUGAAGGACAUGUCUCUGGUCUUGGAUGACAUCACCGAUGCGCUCACCUCCCCAUGCCCGAACAACCGUUACAGUCCCAUGGAGAUCUACUGGUGGGUGAGGCUGCAGGUCAUGACUCACCUGCCCACUGCCAUUGCCGACUGGCUCUAUGUUGCCGGGGCCACCCUGUAGGUGGCCGUCCUUCAGGCAUCCUUCCAGUGCUCGUACGUACACACAGUCAGAGCUGACUCAGUCGGGGCUGUUCUGCACCCACUGCUGAUGCAUCUCCCCUCUAGAUGUGUGUGCUUUCACUUCAGGUUAUGGCUUCAGGUCUUCUGUUGUGGGAUGCUGAGAACAGCAUGGCUUUUUUGUUUAUUUUUCCUAAUUCUUGCUUUUUAUAUUCCCUGCUGUCCUGAUUUAAGUUGAAAGGUGUCGUCUUUUUAACUGUGGAGGAGGCAGAGGAAGGUUAACAUAAUGGGUCAAAUAUGUGGCUAGUGUAAUUAGGUCAGCAGAGCUCCCCCAGUGAUAAAUUUGGCUCAUUAAUGGGCUCUUGCUUUUCCUUAAAAGGACAGGCUGCUAAUAGCAGAGCAAAGCUGUUGCUAUGAGAUGUCUUGAAGGGAGAAACUAAAAUGGGAAACAGAAGCAGAGUUUUCCAUUGAAAAUGGGUCAGUCAGCCUUCCGUUCAUGAUACUGCUAGGAAGCUCUGCUGUGCUGUGACUGUCUGUUCUUUCCAGGAAGACAGCAACACUGCCUCUAAACAGCCUCAUUACCUAGCUCAGGGGGGUCAGAUUCCUGCAAAGAAGGGUUCUUCCCUCCCAGCACU